AUGCACUCACUGAUUAGUAAAAAAAUGAUUUUCCUUUCCAGUCUUGGCAAUGUCUAUGGAAAUGAAAGGGUCUAUUCUGACAAUAUCACUCGCAUUUUGGAUCGACUGUUGGAUGGUUAUGACAACAGGCUGCGUCCUGGAUCUGGAGAGGGUGUUACAGAAGUAAAAACGGACAUCUUUGUCACUAGUUUCGGGCCUGUUUCAGAUGUUGAAAUGGAAUACACCAUGGACAUGUUCUUCCGUCAGAUGUGGGUGGAUGAGAGGCUGAAAUUUGAGGGCCCUAUUGAGAUCCUUCGGCUGAACAACCGAAUGGUGGAUAAGAUCUGGACACCUGACACUUUCUUCCGUGACUCCAGGAAAUCCCUUGCCCAUAACAUGACCACGCCAAACAAGCUUUUCCGCAUCAUGCAGAACGGGACUGUCCUCUACACCAUGAGACUGACAAUAAGUGCAGAGUGUCCAAUGAGGCUCAUGGACUUUCCUAUGGACGGCCAUACUUGUCCUCUCAGGUUUGGAAGCUAUGCGUACACCAACCGUGAAAUUGUCUUCACCUGGAGGAAGGGACCGAUAGCAUCUGUCGACUGUCCCAAGGAGUCUAUGAGUUUACUGCAGUAUGAUCUGGUGGGGCAGACGCUAUCCAGUGAGGUUUUCAAGUCAAACACAGGUCACUACUCAGUGCAGGUGGUCCAUUUCCACCUACAGAGGAAGCUGGGCUACUACCUCAUCCAGACGUACGUCCCCCUUAUCAUGGUAGUGGUGCUGUCACAAGUCUCCUUCUGGAUCAACAAGGAGUCUGUUCCUGCUCGCACAGUGGCUGGAAUUACCACUGUGCUGACCAUGACUACAUUAAGCAUCAGUGCACGCCAGUCCCUCCCCAAGGUGGCCUAUGCAACCGCCAUGGAUUGGUUCAUCGCUGUGUGUUUUGCAUUUGUGGCCUCAGCUCUCAUUGAGUUUGCAGCGGUAAACUACUUUGCCACACGUCAGGCCCACCGUCUGAAGAAGCAGAAAGCCAUACAAAAAAGGCUUGAGAUGCUGGCCUGCGGCAGUGAUGAUGAUGAGGAGGGAGCUGUUUUGUCAAACAGUAGCCCCCAGGAGGGCCUGAAGAGGAGGAACCACUCGCUAUGCCGCAGUGAUCUGGGGGAUAUUCCACCGGUGCCAAUCUUCCUCCAGCAAGGCUCGGCAGUUCCCCCUAUACCCCAGCUGGCCGGCACCAGCCCCAUAGACAUGUAUGCCCGUAUUCUCUUCCCCUUGGCCUUUGCGCUCUUCAAUCUAGUCUACUGGUACAUCUACCUGAGCAAGAACACUAUGGAGGGGCCCAGAGACAUGGAUACACCCUCUUAGAGGCAGAAGGACCUCACUGGGCAUGUGCCAUUAGAGAGACCUUCAGCAUUCAUUCAACCCCUCGCUCUGUGUGCAGGCGCUCUGCAUUGGC